CUGACAAUGCUAGUCCUUUGGUUGAACCGGAGUCGCGCAGCAAUGACAUCACCGCUGCUAGCGUUAUUAUGCUAAAAGAACAGCUAUCCGUUCUCUGUCGUGAUGGCGGCUCUGGUUCGAGGCCUACGCGCUGGGAGAGUCCUGCUGGGUCUCGGCAGCGCAUUGGUCCAGAGCAGCCCUCGUCCGCAGUACAGUGCACUGACGCGUGCUGUCCAUUCUGCUGCCGUCCUCAGAGUUACUGAUGACACUAAAGUCCACCAGAACACACUGCCUACAUCUGACCAUGAACACCAGCAGACCCAGAAUUCAAGAACGAGUCAGUCGUUUUGCUCUACGGAGAAAACUGGUUCAGCUGAUGCUCAGCAGGAGGACCCGCAGCCUAACACCAGUUAUCAGGAUCAAGGCGGUGAGCAGGCGGAGGAUUAUGAGACCGAAGAACAGCUGCAGUCUCGUAUCCUGACCGCUGCGCUGGAGUUCGUCCCCGAGCACGGCUGGACUGUGGAGGCCAUUGCUGCGGGAGCAGAGACUCUCGGCUUGUCGGCUGCUUCUGCUGGGAUGUUUAAUAACGGUGCAGGAGACCUGGUGCUACAUUUCAUCAGCCAGUGCAACACUCAGCUGGUGGACAUUCUGGCAGAGCAGAACAAUCAGGUCCAGCUUGGACAAGCAGAGAAGAAGAAGACGGCCGAGUUCCUGAGGGAUGCCGUCGAGACACGCCUCCGGAUGCUGAUUCCGUACGUGGACACGUGGCCGCAGGCGAUGAGUAUACUGCUGCUUCCUCACAACAUCCCAGACAGUCUGAAGCACCUCUCCACCAUGGUGGAUGACAUCUGGUACUACGCAGGAGAUCGCUCCACAGACAUAAACUGGUACACCCGUCGCGCAGCGUUAACAGGAAUCUACAACACCACAGAGCUUGUGAUGCUGCAGGACUCCUCCCCUGACUUUGAGCAGACUUGGACUUUUCUCAGCAACCGUAUCCAGGAUGUGGUGAACGUAGCCAACACAGCUAAACAGGUGCAGUCGACAGGAGAGGCUGUAGUUCAGGGGCUGAUGGGUGCUGCGGUCACGCUGAAGAACCUCACAGGGUUGAACCAGAGACGAUAAAGCAGCAUCCAGUCCUGCAUUUCAUUGGCCACGCCCUGCAGCUGCCGGCACGUUCUGAACAUCAGACACUCGUUCUCCAUUGUGAGGGUCGCUUUGCUGUUAUUUUGAAUGUAGGUUGGAUCGGGAGAUAAAAUUUGGUUGCUUCGGUCACAUCAAUAGCGUGCUCUCGAGUCUGUGACUGAUCUGUACAGUCAUUAUGCUUUUACACUGCUCUGAGAAAUCGUGCUCCUGAACACAAUGAUGGGCUUUUGAUUCAGUGUCGUAUCUUCAGGUCAGUGAAUUUCCACUGGACAGGUUAAUCGGCUCGGAUUCAGACCAUCAGCUGUGUUUUUGCUCCCUGUAUAAACUUUUGAAUCAGAAUAAAUCUAUAUUGUACUUGAAAUUAAACCUUUUCAUUUAA